CAUAACACACCGGCUAACUAGGGCUUCAGGAUUAAUGGAUUACUGUUCUCCCGCCAGACUAAACCCAUUUCUCUUCAAAUCAAACGGUCACAUCAAACCUGUUGUAUUUCAAAAACCUUUGUUUCCCACUAACCGUAUCAUUCCUGUUUUCUGUAUGAUCAUCUGAAACUUCACUGGGAUGGGUGAUGAAAAAGAUGCUUUUUACGUGGUGAGGAAGGGAGAUAUCAUCGGUAUUUAUAAAUCCUCUGCUGAUUGUCAAGCUCAAGCUGCCGCCUCUCCGCUAGACCCUUCAAUAUCUGUAUAUAAAGGAUAUGGUUUAUCCAAGGAUGCAGAAUCAUACCUUGUUUCUCGUGGGCUUCAACAAGCUGGUUUUUCAAUCAGUGCCUGUGACAUGCAAGAUGGACUGUUUGGUCAUCUUUCCGUUUGCCCAAUUCAGGAUCCUGGCGAAGUAAGCUUCUCUGCACAUGAUGCUCCUUAUCAACCUGUCAAAUUGGAGAAUUAUGUAGAAACUCAAGCUUCUAUUGGACGUGCCAGCGGAAAUCCUCCAAAUGGAAGAAUCCCGAAACAUGAUGCUGGUGAAUCAAGUUGUUCUAUGUUGAAUGCUCCAACUAAACCUAUCAAGUUGGAGAAUUAUGUGGAAAAUCAAGCGUCUCUGAGUCCUGCCCUUCUUGCUCCUAAAGGGAGGAUUCAAAAACAUCAUGAUACUGGAUUGAAUAAAAUUCCCACAACUCUGCUGCAUGAUUGUGGCAAAUUGGAGAACUAUGUCAAACCUGUUGACCAAAUGCGUCCGUCAUGUGAAUCUUGUACAAUUGAAUUUGAUGGAGCUUCAAAAGGCAAUCCUGGUCAAGCUGGUGCUGGAGCUAUUUUGCGUGCAAGAGAUGGAAAUGAUGUUUGGCUAUUGCGAGAAGGUGUCGGUAUUGCUACUAACAAUGUGGCAGAGUAUCGAUCAGUUAUUUUAGGUAUGAAAACAGCUUUACAGAAAGGAUUUAAGCAUGUUAAAGUUCGGGGCGACUCUAUGCUGGUCUGCAAUCAGAUUCAGGGUAAAUGGAAAACAAAGAAUGAAAACAUGGCCAGCCUUUGCAAGGAUGCAUUGCAGCUGAAAACACAGUUCCUAUCAUUUACUAUUGAACAUGUUCCUAGGGAGCUCAAUUCUGCUGCCGAUGCUCAGGCAAAUCGAGCCAUUAGACUAAAAGAUGGACAAGUCGAAGUCGAGAUGGCUAAGUCUCACACUUAUUUGUAACGUGUUGCACAGAUGGACAAGUCGAAGUUGAGAUGGCAAAGUCUCGCGCUUAGUUUGCCCAUAUGAAGGCUUAAAUGGGUAACACCGUACAAGGUCCUGACCCUAAAGUAGGUACAAAGUGUCGUCGUAAUUUUGUAGUUCAAGCUGAAUUGGGAUUACUGUAAGUUUGCUGAUUUUGGACUCUAAUGCUUCAUAGUAGUCUAUGUUCUUAAACUGCUUAACCCUUAAAGAUCUAUCAUGAUAAAACAAAUGUUAUUUGAUGGGUGUAAUCAGUCAUGAACCUGUCAAUUGUACAGAAAAAGUUAAUUGUUGAUUUGCUUGCAUCAAGCAUUCUUUGGGGCUAAUACUGAUCAAAGGAGUAUCUUCAUUCUCACAUACUGCUCUGUCUCUGUAAAUUUGCAUCAUUAUGCAAAUCACAAUGUUUACAGAAAAUGUGAAAUUCGCUAUUAGAUGAAGAUGUCAUGAAUUUUGUAGAUUGUAAUAAAGAGAGGCACUUGGGGUUAGUUAUGGCUAAAUUUUAAGUCUAACGGGUAAUCUUGAUCAAAACUAAAGAUUCUAAUAAAUUCAAUUUAACUAGAUGGUGAAAUUUGGAUUCUAAUGUUUCCCAAACUAAUGCUCCUAAACUAAGAAAUAAAAUAAUAUUAUUUGAUGAACAAUAUUUAUUAUGCAAGUAUUUUAUCAUUCUUAACAAUCUUUGAUUUCUCUUAAAAUGGGUUUAUACAUUUUUUUUUAAGUUGAGUUUAACUUUUCUUAGUAUUUGAAGAUUGACUAUUGAAGAAUUCAAAUAGAGUAUUUUGGGUUGUGGGUAAGAACAUCAGGUUUUUCUAUGAGCUCAAACACAUUUUACUUACAAACUUUAUAUCCUAGCAAGUAGGUUUGUCAUACAAAUCAGAUUGGAUUGAAUUUAUAUUUAGUUUAUAUAUAGAUGGGAUAGAGAUCCUAACCCGUUCAAUAAUUAGGUUGAAAAUCACAAUCAUACCUUAUCUAUAACCGAUGAGGUGAACUUGAUUUUACUUAAUGUACUAUUUUAAGUUUUUUUUUCUAUAUUAAAAACCUAUAUUUACUCUACUAAAGAACAUGACUCAACAUAAUAUCGAAUUUUUUCUUCUUGGUUUGUUUGCAAGUCGCCUAGGGAGAAUCUCACAAGGAAUAGAGUAUAUAUGACCAUUGAUCCCAAAACUCAUUCAAAAAUUCGCUCAUAUAUUGUGUGUGUUGUGUCUCAUCUGUGUCUAAUUAUAUCGCGUCAUGUUGUGCAUAGAAAUCCAAAAAUAAGGUUUAGUCAUGAAAGUCAUAUUACCCAUGUGUCGUGCCAAUCAUACCUCAUAUCAAGUCAUACCCGUAAAUAGAGUCCAUCAGUGUCGUAUAGUGCCUUAGACGAAUUUUUGAAAUACUUAAAGCAAAAAAAUUAAAAAUUAAUUAAAUAAACUAAGUUCUAAACUUAUUACAAAAGUAAGCGUGAAAAUCCCAAACCAGAGGUU